CUUAUCAUAAUUUGAUAAAGGAUACACAAACUCAACCGCAACUAGAUACAAUUUUACCGCACAACUAUGAAAUGGAGAGAACGCCACCGACCUCUCCCAUUUUGGAUGUAAUGGACAGCUCAACAUUGGAACAGUUACCGACGGAAUUGGAAAAUACAACAAUGGAUUCUAGCAAAUUGCCAUCGAACGAUAAUGCACUCCCCAUACCCAAUAUAAACGUGUUACCUUUGUCUGGAGCCUCUUCAGCACUUUUGAACCAUCAGACCGCAUUACCAGCAUUUGAGUAUUUGACGCCAGCCGUUCGCAACAUAAGUCCGGUUGACUUUCCAUUAAUGGAACUAAAUCGUGUGGGUGGUAUGUUUCCAUCAUUUUUACACCGCCGGCCUAGAGGAGAAAAGAGGCCAAUUCCAGAAGAACAAAAGGAUGAUAAAUACUAUGAAAGAAGAAAACGCAAUAAUGAAGCAGCGAAAAAAUCACGAGAUGCUCGUAAAAUACGAGAAGAUCGUAUUGCAUUCAGGGCGGCCUUUCUGGAGCAAGAAAAUUCAUUGUUAAGAGCACAAGUAAUGGCACUCAGAGAUGAAUUACAAACAAUGAGACAGAUAAUUGGUAGGAAAUAUCGCUCAAUUGCCAUUUCAAGCCGUUCUAUGCAGAUUUGCAGCUGUUAACGAAAAGCAAUCUCUUUCACCGGAAAAAUGUAAAAAUGGCGUAGAAAAAUUGUGUGAAAUGAUCCUUAACAAAUCGAUGGAUGUUAAAGUUAUAUCUCACUAUGAGGAUUUAUUUAUUUCUUUUGUAGACAAGAAUGAAUAUCCC